AUGGGGUCCAUCGCAAAGAAACGCAAGGUCGAUAUUGCCCAGCAGGAAUACACUACCUCGUUCGCCUUCUUUGAGGCCAUCUGGGAGGCUGGCAUUACACAUGUCUUCGUCAACCUAGGUUCCGACCAUCCUUCAAUCAUGGAAGCUAUUGUCAAGGGCCAAAACGAGAAGGAAGGGAACUUCCCCAGGAUCAUAACAUGUCCCAACGAGAUGGUUGCCCUCUCCAUGGCCGACGGAAUGGCCCGUUUGACGAACAAACCUCAAUGCGUGAUUGUCCAUGUCGAUGUCGGUACACAGGGUCUCGCUGCUGCUGUUCACAAUGCCUCCUGCGGUCGCGCCCCGGUCCUCAUCUUUGCCGGCCUCUCCCCAUACACGAUAGAAGGAGAGUAUCGAGGGUCAAGGACAGAAUACAUACACUGGAUACAAGACGUGCCGGACCAGAAACAGAUUGUCUCACAGUACUGCCGAUACACUGGCGAAAUCAAAGCUGGGCGCAAUGUGAAGCAGAUGGUCAAUCGUGCGUUGCAGUUCGCAACGAGCGAUCCCCAGGGGCCAGUCUAUCUUUGCGGUGCUCGGGAGCCGAUGGAAGAGGACAUUGAGCCUUAUCAUCUCGACGAAGGUGUCUGGCAGGCAGUUGGAGCCGCGGCGCUGCCACAAGAUGCCGUGGAGAUGAUUGCGAAGGAGUUGGUCAAGGCCAAAGAACCACUCAUGAUUGUGGGAUACACUGGGCGGAAUCCCGCAUCCGUCGAGGCAAACGUGGCUCUCGCCGAUAAAAUCCCUGGACUGAGGGUGCUCGAUACCGGCGGCAGUGACAUGUGCUUCCCUACGAACCAUCCGGCCGCUCUCGGCCUGCGGUACGGUUCGGAGCCAGCCAUCACCACGGCAGACUUCAUCCUGGUGGUUGACUGUGAUGUGCCCUGGAUUCCUACUCAGUGCAAACCUCGGGCAGACGCCAGGAUCGUCCACGUCGAUGUUGAUCCCUUGAAGCAGCAAAUGCCAGUGUUCUACAUUCCGGCAAUAGCUCGAUUCAAGGCCGAUUCGGCCACUGCAUUCUCCCAGAUCAACGACUACCUCUCCUCGAGUUCUGAACUCACUGCGGCGCUCUCCGACCAGUCGCACGUCGCGGCGGCCAAGAAGAGACAAGCGGCCUAUGAUGCACGAUGGGGCCAGUUCAAGGAGCUUGCGAAGAUACCCUCUGACCCGGUGAAUGCUGCGAUCGACCCGCAUGUUCUCGGGGGACAGAUUCGCGUCGCCGUGCCCGAGGACACUAUCUUCGCAGUGGAAGCGGUGACGUUGACGGGCUUUAUCGCCGACCAGAUAGCACCCGUACUGCCCAAAUCAUGGAUCAACUGCGGUGGCGGUGGGCUCGGCUGGUCCGGCGGCGGUGCGCUCGGGAUCAAGUUAGCUACUGAUUUCCAACACCGCGAUGUUGUGUUGGGCGACGGCACCGGGGCCACCAAGGGCAAAUUCGUGUGUCAAAUCGUCGGCGACGGCACCUUCAUGUUCAGCGUGCCAAGUUCGGUUUACUGGAUCUCCCAGCGCUACGACAUCCCGAUUCUCACGGUGGUGCUCAACAAUAAGGGCUGGAACGCACCCCGAAGAUCGAUGCUGCUCGUGCACCCCGACGGCGAGGGAAGCAAGGUCGACAACAAGGCGUUGAACAUCAGCUUUGAACCCACGCCAGACUAUGCCGGGAUCGCAAAGGCUGCGAGCUGCGGCAAAGCGUGGGCCGGCACCGUGGAGACGGUACAGGAGCUGCUCGACCUUCUACCGCAGGCUGUCAAGGCCGUGAGAGAUGAAGGAAGAGCUGCGAUUCUGGAGGUCAAGCUGGGUGCCGCCGACCUUAGCACGAAGAGAAGUGAGGUGAACGGUGGUACUCGAGUUGGAACGACCAGUGGAUGA